AAUUUAAGAGUGCAUUGCAUAUGUUCCAGAAUGUUCCCUAUUAGUUGCUAAGAUUGUAAUAGAAUUUGGUGAAGCCUUCGCCUGCCACCAUCACCCUUGGACUGUAAGUUGUAGAGUUCCAAAUUUCACUUUUCUGAUUUAAUAAUAUUCCAAAUAUUUUGUCAUUGGCUAUUACAAAAAUUAUUAUUUCAAAUAAUAUUUAUGAAAGAGAUACGCGCUUUUUAGAAAAAGAGUCUCAUGUAAUGACACGGUCAUAUAUCCAAGUAACUCAGCUAUCUAGCUUGUUAGUGAAGCAGAGAUUUUCCCCCUGUCUAUUUAAGCUCGUUAUCUAAAUGCAAACAAACGCAACCAAUUUGCUUAAUUAGCUCUUAAUUACUCUGCUGUCUCUGUUUCAUUGCUUCUUCUUCUUCUUCUUCUAGUUAUUAGCAGUUCAAAAACCAAAUCGUGUGUUUGCCUUAAAGAUGGAAACUGGAAUUGGCUACAGAUUCCAUCCGACAGAGGAUGAAUUGAUAAAUCAUUACUUGAAGCAUAAAGUGCUUGGUUACGAUGAUGAAGUCAGCGACAUCCCUCAAGUUAAUGUGUUAGAUUACGAGCCAUGGGAGCUGCCACUAACGGCGAAUGCAGAUCAAGUGUGGUAUUUCUUUUGCGAGCGCAAUUACAAGUAUAAGAAUAGCCAACGAGCCAAAAGAACAACCCGUUGUGGAUUUUGGAAAGUUACUGGCAAAGACCAGAAAAUAAAGGACAUUGCCAUCAAAAAGAGACUGGUUUAUCAUCAAGGUCGUCCUCCAGGUGUUAGGACCAGCUGGGUUAUGCAUGAAUAUCAUCCCACUUUCAACUUCAGAAUCAAGAGGGAUUUUGUUGUUUGCAAAUUAAAGAAAAGGCCAGAUGAUGAAGACGAGGACGAAGAUGUUCCACAACCCAGUACAACUAUGGCUUCUGCUUCUGGAAAUAAUCCAACAGAGGAAGACUCUCAGCUGCAAGCACACGUGGCAUCAUUUCAAGGCUAUAAUGAGAUGGAUUAUAGUCUUAACUCCGCAAUGCAGUGGGGUUCUUAUUAUUAUACUAAUUAAUUAAUAGUACGUAGUUCAAAUACCUGUAUUUAAGGGGUCAUUAGCUAAUAAUGUAAAAUAAAAUUGUUGUAGUUAUUUCGUAUUCCAGGUUUUAUCAGUCGGAGUGUAUUGUGUUGGUGUUAUUAAUUAAAAUAAAUAAAUUGUAACUUGUAAUUCAAAAUUAUUGAGCCAACAGUGCAAAUCAUUGAUCAGUAUAUUUGUCUCACAGUUAAGGGUAA